AUGUCGGUCUUUCGGUCAGCACAAAUCGAAAGAUUAAGUUGCACGGCUCCAAAUGUGAGCGAAAUCGCCAUACAAGCCGAUUGUGACGUUGAUGAUACUGAACCGCAGAAAGAUGAACAUGAUGUGUUAGACUUUAGCAGUCCAUUUCUAUUCAGUGAUGCUGUUCUGAUUGUUCAGGGUAGAAAUCUUCAUUGUCAUCGUGCUAUUCUAUCCAUAUAUUCACCAGUAUUCAAAGCUAUGUUUCAAAAUCGAUGCAUUGAAAAUCAAAAAAAUGAAGUUGUUAUUCCAGUUGAUGAGUUUGAUGACAUAAGGGAAAUGUUACGUCACAUGUACACACCUGGUGGUUGUGAUAUGACAGUCGAAACAGCGGAAAAGUUGCUGCCCAUUUUACAUCGAUACCAAAUCGAUUCUAUGGUUAGCUUAGCUGAGAGGACACUUACAUUUCGUCUCAAUGAUGUGACGGCACCGUUGUUUCUUCGAAUGGCUGAUUUAUAUGGUCUGAGUAGAUUACGACAAGCAGCUUUGGAUUCUUGUGCUCGUUUAGAUUAUGGUCGGAUGGUUAAAGCAUUUGAAGAAAUAAAUCUAUCAAUAGAACUUAAAAAUGAAGUACUUGAGAGAAGAAUAAAAGUUUUAGAAAAAUGUCUUGUAGAUAUUCAACAGAGUUUUACUCAUUCGUGUUCACGUAUGGAAAGUCGUGCUGAACGUGUUCCAUCCAAUCAUUGUUCAUUACAUUGUCGUCCGUUUUCAACAAUCACUUUUAGUCCCGUUGUAAACAGUGCAACAGGACCACCAAUCAAUAAUAGUGCAGAUCAAAAUUCACAUAAUAAUAAUGUCAAUGAUACUGUGCAUAAUGACGUAGCUGCAAGCAUAAUGCCACUUUCAGUUGCUAGAAAUGUGGAAAUACGUACAAGCGGGGAUAAUGGUAAUAAUGAUAGCACACAAAGAGAAGCAGAUACAAAUUUAUCCAAUACAGCUACUACGGCAGUGAUACCAUCAAUUCCUAAUACUCCAUUAAUUACAGCUGUUUGUGAACAAUGUGUAGAACAAUUCAAAACUCAUAUACAGGAAUUGUGUAAAAGAGGAUUGCAUAAAAUACCGAUUAUCACUUGCAGAAAUCCUUGA